AACGUCAGCCUUCCUGCUCCGUUCAUCCAGCUCUACACCUUGUUAUCUCAGGUUCUCCAGCAUCUGCAGUUCCUACUAUCUACGGUUCUUGACCAGUCUGACAGCUCCUCUCCGAUCCCUUCGGCACCAUCGCAGCGCCUUUCAGCAGCGACCCUAAACUUUAAUAAUACCUACAUCUCCGCCCAUUCUCCCUCCCCAACACCUACACUUGUACCCAUUCCUGGUGCCUCAAAUUGUCAUCUCCCUCCACUUAAGGUCCGAGAAUUGGGCACGUCACUCAAACUUUCUUAUACUAUUUCCAGAUGUUUGUGCUCAUUCUUUGUGUAGUCGAAUGGCUGCUAGGUACGUACAGAGAUAACAAGGUGUGGAGCUGGAGGAGCACAGCAGGCCGGGGAGCAGGAAAGCUGACGUUUCCGGUCGGGACUCUUCUUCAGAAAACCUGGAACGUGCAGAAUUUGGGGCGGAAGUUCCGAGGAAGUGUCAGCGGACCCGAAAGGUUAACACCGGUUUUGUUUUUCUUCAUACAGAUGCUGCUGGACCUGCUGAGCUUUUCCAGCAAGUUCUGUUCCAGAAUUUGGAGCACUCGACGACGGAGGAACUACAUUACCCAGAAAGCAGGUAUGGUUAUGUAGACAUCACUGGACUUUACUGCAGAGGACGAGGCAAGUGCCACUAUUGCCUUCUAUCAUCUUCAGGCAACAGCUUAGCUCUCAGCCCAUGAGUUAUGUUCGUCGACACAGCCUGUAUAAAAAGCUAUUCCUUGGGACCGUGGUUGCUGUCCCGCUGGCUGUGGGUGCCAUAUUCAGUUUGUCAGAUGCCCGUGACCGUAGGAGGAUGAGGCUACUAUUUGAAGGUGUUAGUCGCUUCUACAGAUCCAUUUACUUUGGAAUAAAGAUCUCUACAGAUUAUUGGUGGACUAUUAAUGUAAAACUUCGUGGAAAGGAUGAGAACAGCCAGGACUUCAUAGACGCAAUGUCUGCCUGCCACCAGCGAGGAGCGGACCUCAUUGUGGAGGGAGCCAUUAAGAACUCAGGUUUGUACAUCAAGCUGGGACAGGGGCUGUGCGCCUUCAACCAUCUGCUCCCCCAUGAGUAUACCAACACUCUGCGAAUCCUAGAAGACAAGGCCAUCAACAGGAGGUACAAGGAGGUCGAUGCAUUGUUCCUUGAAGAUUUUGAAACCACUCCGGAUAAGUUAUUCAAACACUUUGAGGAAGAGCCAUUCGCAGCUGCCAGUCUAUCACAGGUCCACAAAGCAGAGCUGUAUGAUGGAACAUCUGUGGCUGUUAAAGUACAGUUCAUUGAUCUAAGAGACCGGUUUGACGGAGAUAUUAUGACACUGGAAUUCCUCUUGGGUCUAGUUCAGCUUAUGCAUCCAAAGUUUGCAUUCCGUUGGGUCCUCCAGGACCUGAAGGGAACGCUGGCCCAGGAACUGGACUUUGAGAAUGAAGGUCAUAAUGCAGAACGAUGUGCAGAAGAUCUCAGGCACUUCAAAUUUAUUGUCAUUCCUAAGGUGCACUGGGAGCAGACCAGCAAGGUGAGGCAAAAGGAAUGGGGUGUGUUCUAGCAGUAUGUUAAAAUUUGUCUCUGUGAUUAAAAUUUAAAGUUGCCAUUGAUUCUGCUUAGUUCUACAUGCUGGGAAGCCACCUUAAUUUCAAUUCAAGAUGGCUCCAUUGCCUGGAGGCUGGAUUUUAAAGCAUUCACUUAUUUAUUCAGGUUUGAUAUCUGGAACUGAGGCAAGUAGGGUCUAUAGACCUAUACUUCACAUAAAUUUUGCUGCUUACCAGAUCAUUCUUUGUCUCUGAUUCUGCUGGCAGAAAUGGAACCUCAAAUUUUGAGGGUGAUAUACAAUUCUCUUAUGGUUGCGAUGUCUCUAAAAUGCCAUAGUGGUAGAAUAUGAAGUAUGUCUUUUGUCAAAGAUGCAUCAGGAAUUUGACUUUUGUUUUGGAACGUGACUGCUCCUGAAAAACUAUAUAUUUCCCAUCUUCACUGCCCAAAAUGAUUUUGUCAGACCAUUCAAUAUAAUUAUGACUGAUCGUUAGCCCUAAUUCCUCAUUUCCCACUCACUCCUAAUACACCUUGUACCUUUCAAGGUCAAAAUUCUAUCCCUCUCAGCCUUAAUGAAUUAACAAUGGAGCAUCUACGAUGCUUUGAGAUAGAGAAUCCCAAAAAUUCACAACUCUUUGAAUUAAGAAAUUUCUCCUUACUUUGAUCCUAAAUGAUCACACUGCCGAAUCUCCCUUCCCCUCAUUUUAUCUUGCCACUGCGUGUGUGUGGGAGAGAGUGUGUGAAAUAGUGUGUGUCUAGGUGCAAUCACUCAGCCUUACAUUAUAGGAAAACAUUUUAAAUGAGAAACUAAUCUAAUGAACCUUUGCUACACUGCCUCCACCAAAAGCCAAAACUGUACAGUAUUCUACCUGUGGGUUCAC